CAACGCAAAAUGAUUGGCUCGGAAAUGCAUGAGCUCAGGUUUUGCUGCAAUUUGAUUGGAAAACAGUCCUUUUUCAGCCCAUCCUUGGCUCCUGUUCCCUUGUGUGAAUACAGUUUUUUGGUUUUUUCUGAAAUACUCGCUCCAAGCCUUUUUUUGCCAUGCCACGUUGGCGAACUGUCAUCGCUAGUGUAGCAUCACUGUGGUUCUUUCUUGUCCAAUGUUGGGCGGAGGAAGUUUAUAUGGCCGCGGAUAGUUACUUGUCCACAUCAUGUUCCGGUGUAUGGAGUCAAAGCGCCAUUCCUGGUGGUGUCACUCCGUUUAUCAAAAUCAGCAUUCACCCUACCGUAGCCGGGAAAGCGUCUCUAUUGAUUUAUGAAUGGCGCGACUUUGAAAAGAUUGGAUACUACAACAAUGUGACGCGCGAGACUGAUUACCUAUGCAACGAUCACGCCAUAGCGAACCAUGUUUGUUCGCGUGAAGAUGCUGGCAAAUUUAUUACGCAUAUUCCUCCUGAAGAGGCCAACACGACUUCAAUUUUUUCCACAAUGUUUGAUCUUGGAAACAGAACGGAAAUGGCUUUAUAUAAAGUACAUUCGACCGGUUAUUAUUGUGUUGCCGUGGCUCCCGUCACCAAGACCGAUGACAACAAAGCCAUGCUGGAAGCAUGGGUUGAAUGGAGAUAUCCUUAUGGUUUAUUACCAUCGGCAGAUUAUCCCAAAUUAGUGCUGUACGGAGUCUCAGCUUUGGUUUAUCUGUCGGUCGGCCUAUUUUGGGGUGUACAAACCUUUCGAUACUGGAGAGAUAUUUUACCGGUCCAACACUUUUUAUCGGGGGCCAUCUUGUUUCUUACCAUUGAAAUGGCUUUCAACUGGGGAUUCUGGGAAGCUUACAAUCAAAGCGGAUCUCCUUCGUGGGCGUUAUUGAUUGUGGUUGCCUUAUUGAAUGCGGGACGAACAAGUCUUUCGUUCUUUAUGCUGUUGAUCGUGUGUAUGGGCUACAGUGUCGUCAGACCAUCACUAGGCGAUGCAAUGAAGAAAUGUGUUAUUCUUGCAUGUACGCACUUUUUCUUUGGGGUGGUGUAUUCGCUCGGCACCAUGGUACUAUCUCCCGAGACCGCCGGCUUUUUAAUUUUGUUGGUCAUUUUCCCCCUAUCCAUGACCAUGACGGCAUUCUAUGUAUGGACCCUCAAUUCAAUAACAUCCACCUUGGCAGUUCUAGAAAUCCGAAAACAGCACGUCAAAAUUGUGAUGUACAAACGAUUGUAUCGGUUAUUGGUGUUUUCCGUCAUUAUGGUGGUAUUAAUUUUCUUUCUCAACAUGUGGAAUUUCUCGGACCGGGAUGCGGUGGAUUGGGCGGCUCGCAACUGGAAAUCACGAUGGUUCAUGUUGGAUGGCAUGUUAAAUAUUCUGUAUUUCGUGGUGUUCAUUGUGAUUGUGAUUCUGUGGCGACCGACAAGCAACAAUGCUCGAUACGGUCUGGAGCAGAUCAGUCAAGACGAGGAUGAAGCGAUGGAUUUGGAAAACCGGUUACGACAAGCGGAAGGACUGGGAAAUGGUCAUGUCAAACCAGGCGACGAGUUUGGUCGAGGAAGGCGCAUGGACGAUGAAGCCGGCAUUUUUGAGCUAGGGGAUGAUUUUAGCGACGACGAAGAUGAACAUGGUGGACCGGUGCGAUUGGUCAGUGUCAACCACGGUCCAGAACCAAGCAGUUCGUCCACGAACCCAAUCUAUUCCGGGCCAUCACGCACCAAUGGAUCUUCAAGUCAACCACGUUCGGGAGAUCAAACAGCGUUACUGAAUGUUACGCAAGAUGAAGACGAAGAAGACGAUGAUUAUCUCAAUGACGAUGAACAUGCCAGGCUUACGGAUAACGCCCGCAAACCAUCUUAGAACAAGUAAUGGAACCAAGAAAGAAGAAAAAAAAAGUAGCAUUUUGAAAUUAACAAGAAUACGAUAUAAAAAAAAAAACUUCAUCACGAAUCCUACUGAUGCAACCUUUGCCCCAAUAUGACCUUGCCACCUCAUCUCUCCCAUUCACCCACCCAUUGUAUCAAUUGGAAAAAGCAAC